GGAGGGAGGGGCUUCUGCAGGUUCAGAGUAUAUAGAUGCCGAUCAGGUGAUGCACACAGACUCCCGGACACAGCAGGUAUUGCAGUAGCUGCACAGAGAGAACACAGCCAUACGGGGAUGUCAUCUUGCCAAGACAGCAACUCGCUCCCCCCACACUCCGCGGUGGGGUCUGCAGGGUUUUCCAGCCCGGGACUGGCGCUUGGAGAGGGGGAAUGUGAAAGAGCCAGGAUGGAAGGAUUUCGCCUGGACAGUCCCACAGGAGCGAGUGCUGGGCAGACAGAUUCCCAGAAGAGAAGGGGGCUGGCUGUGCGGUUCAGAGGGGUGGAGGUGGAGAUUCAGGGCAGGCAGAUUUUGAGAGACGUCGCUGGCGCUGUCCUGCCGGGAGAGCUGCUGGCACUGAUGGGGCCCAGCGGUGCUGGUAAAACCACCCUGCUCAGUGUCCUCACUGGGAGAAUACAAGCAAAGUCAGGGCAGGUCACCUUAGAUGACCGACCGCUGACCAAAAGCCUGAGAAGAAUGCUGUGCUAUGUCAUGCAGCAGGAUAUAUUUUUCCCCUAUCUGACUGUGAAAGAUACAUUAAUGUGCCAGGCUCAUCUAAGAUUGCCAGAUUCUGUUACUUUUGCAGAGAAAGAAAAAAUAAUUUCGGUAUUGGUGGAUGAGCUUGGCAUCAAGAAAUGUCUUAAUACCAUUAUUGGGAAUGACUUUGUGAGAGGUGUGUCUGGCGGGGAGAAGAAGAGAGUCAAUAUUGCGUGUGAAUUACUGACCGACCCUUCAGUCAUGAUACUAGACGAACCUACGUCUGGUUUGGACUCCAGUACAUCCCAUAGUCUCAUCACCUCUCUGAAACACUACGCAGUCAAGCACCGGAAAACCAUCAUCAGCUCCAUUCACCAGCCGUCCUCCCCGGUAUUCCACAUGUUUGAUAAACUGCUCCUCAUGUCUGACGGAGAGGUUGCGUAUUACGGACCUGCUUCCAGGAUUGUGGAUUUCUUCGCUGACCUAGGAAUGCCGUGCACACCGCUCUACAAUCCUGCUGAUUACAUGUUGGACAAAGUGAAAGAGUCUCCGGAGGUCAGGCAGGAUAUUGUGGACUAUUCAAAUAAAUUCCGUGUCAGCUCUGUUGAGUGCCCUCUGCUUUCUCAUGACAAAGCCGACAUGCAUCUGCAGUCGAUGGCGGGAGGGCUGUCUGAGGUUAAGGUCGUGGCCACAGAUCGGGAGGGAGCUGGGGCCGAGCUGCUCGAGGUGGAAAGUCCGCAGUGGGCCUCCUCUUUCUGGAUGCAGCUCCGCACGCUGACAGCUCGCAGUUUCAAACAGCAGCUGCCGCAGAUCCUGUCCCUCGUCAGUGUGAUAAAGACCUUGGUCAUGGCCGUCAUCCCCGGGCUCAUCUGGUUUCAAGUGCCCAGAGAGGAGGACCAGAUCCAAGCUCGCUGUGGAAUGCUGUUUUAUCUUGUCCUCUAUUGGUUCAUCGCACCCAUUUACAUCGCAUUACCAUCUUUUCCAGCAGAGCGUUCGAUAAUCAACAAGGAGCGCCUGGCUGGGUCGUACCGCCUGUUAGCUUAUUUCCUGGCCAAGUUGUUGAGUGAGCUGCCCCUGGUGAUCCCCCAGCUCCUGGUCCACGUCACCAUUUCCUUCUGGCUGACUGGACUCAACGGACCUGGAGCCUACUUCGCUGACAUGGGCAUCAUCACUCUGACCACCAUCACCUCACAGGCUCUAGGGUUGCUGAUCAGUGUUACAUUCCUGCGCAUAGACCAGGCCAUGGCUGUUGGCAUGUCGCUGAUGAUCCUUAUGAUUCUACUGGGUGGAUUUUACAUCCAGAAGCUCCCUUUUUGGCUGGUCUGGCUGCGGUACCUGGCUAUCAUCCUGUUCUCUUUCCACGCCACGGUCCAGCUCGAAUUUAGAGACAACGCCUCUUUCAGGUGUGCGAGCCAGUCCUUCUACCCACACUGUGCAGCAGCACAUCUGAACAACCCCAACGAGACGGCCUACAUCCCAGCCCAGGAGAUCCUGGAUCAGUUCAGCAUUCCUCUCCCCGUCUGGGGCAACAUCCUGGUCCUUGUGCUCUACAUCCUGGCUUUCCAAGUGGCCGCCUAUCUGAUGCUGAGAUUUGUACGAACGCCAGGCAAGUAAACGACCCCUGGAACACACGCACACGCGCACACACACGCACAGAGGGAUGAGCAGCAAACACAAACUCGGAGAACAUGGGACGCUGGAGAUCAACCGGAGCAGCCUGGAAACCACAUCGCCUGCACAAGCACAGGAGGAAAAGGAGCUGCUCUGCCGUCAUCAGAAGAAUGAAAUGGGAAGUGAAAUGCGCCAGCAACAGUGGACUAUUGAACUGAAUAGAGGGGAGGUGCGGGGUGCCCUACUGUGCACUUUGUAAAUAUGCCAUGUACAGUAUGGGAAUGUGUGUGUGUGUCAUUAUAUAUAUAUAU